UUAGCUUAGUUUUCAACCGCCGUGAAACAAAAACGAAGAAGAAGACUUCCGGUAGGUCUACCGUUCGUGUAGAGACGAGCAACAUCGCAGUGUGGCAUUUAAGUUCGCGGUAAUUCUUGCAUUUCUAGAUGUUAUACUUAUUGUUUGUCUUCGACAUACUACACUUUAUCAAUGUUUCGCGUCGGGAUAAACUCGACUCGUCCCGGUGAACUUCGAGGCCUCUCCGGCUAGCGUAGCUCGCUCGUUAGCUUAGCAUGCUAGCUGCUAACAAAGAGAGCUAAAGCGGAGAAAAUGUGUAAAGUACAAAUGUUGAGAGUGUUGGUGAAUCAGCGACUAAAGGCGGCUGCUGAAGAAAUAUGUGCAGUGUUAGAAAGAACGGUAGCAGAGUACGAGAGGGAACUUUCCCGAACAAAAGAUGAGAACGAGCGACUACGUCAACUACUGGACGCUGUUUUCAAGAAGCUGCCGAGGACAGACGGCUUUGAAGAAAAUCUUCCUGAGCAGCAGGAGUGGUCUUCCAGGAUGGAUCAGGAAGAGGCACAGCCAGCGCAAACUAAGGAGGAUGAGGAGUACCCACCACUUAAAGAGGACAUUGAGGAGCCACACCUCAUUCACAUUAAAGAGGAAGAUGAGGAGCCACUGCCCCAGCAUAUUAAGGGAGAAGGGGAGGAGCCACAAUCCCAGCAAAUUAAAGAAGAAGAUGAGGAGCCACAGCACCCUCACAUUAAAGAGGAGGAAGAUGAGGUGCCAGAUUCCCCCAUGUCAAAGACAAAAAGUCACAGCCCAUCUACCUUAAAAAUUAAGAGGAUGAGCCACAAACCCCCUCAAAAUAAAGAAGAGGAGGAACACAGCAUGAGUCAAGACGAAGAGCAUCUUGAAGGACUGGAGGAGGUUGAUGUCACCAAGAUGCCAUUGACCGUUGUCAUUGUGAAGAGUGAAGAUGAUGAGGGUGAAGGUGAGGAGAAGGGAGAGGCGGAGCCUCCAACUCCACACAUGACAACAGAAGCUGAUGGAGACCACUGUGGAGGAUCACAAGCAGACAAGCUCUUCGCUCCACUAUCAGAUAGUGACGACAUAACGUCACACUCUCCUGACACUGAUGAUGAAGAAGAUGAUGACACUGAUGAUGAAGACUCUAAAGCUGACAUGACAUGUCACUCUGACAACAAACACUUGAAGUGCUCUUACUGUGACAAAACGUUUAAUCACCGUGGUCAUCUGAAAACACACACGAGAACGCACACUGGAGAAAAACCAUUCAGGUGCUCAGUUUGCAGUAAAAGCUUCUCACGAAAGGCAAGUUUGAAAAUACACACAAGAAUACACACAGGAGAAAGACCAUUCCGCUGCUCAGUUUGUAGUAAAAGAUUCCCUCUAAAGCAACGUUUGAAAGUACACAUGAGAAUGCACACUGGAGAAAAACCAUUCCUGUGUUCAGUUUGUAAUAAAAGAUUCCGACUCAAGCAACACAUGACGGAACACAUGAGAAUGCACGCUGGGGAAAAACCUUUCAUCUGUUCGGUUUGUGGGAAAGGUUUCGUGCGGAAAUUCGAUUUGAAAUUACACACAAAAAUCCACGCCGGAAACAAACCUUUCAAAUGUUCGGUCUGCGGCAAAGGUUUUAUACAAAACAGCGAUCUGAAAUUACACAUGAGAACGCACACCGGAGACAAACCCUUCAUGUGUUUAGUUUGUAAUAAGAGAUUCACUCAGAAAGGAAAUUUGAUGACACACACAAGAACACAUACCGGAGAGAAAGUGUUGAGUUGCAGUGUGUGUGAUGAAAAAUUCUCAUAUAAGUACCAGUUUAAGAAACACACGUGUGCUGGUGAGAACAGCAGCAGCAAAUGAAGAUGCAGGAUUUGAAAUAAACUGUCAAAACUUUAACUUUGACUUUCUAACAUCAGCACAUGGGACAUGUGUGACAUCAAUGUGUGCGGAACACAAUCUUGUUAAUAUGAUUUUAACAUUUAUCGAUUAGAUUUGCUAGACCACUGCUUGUAUGUGUAUGUAUGUAUGUAUGUAUAUUUAUGUACAAUUGUCCUUGAAAAGGUGCAAGCGGAAGCUUUCGUUUGACUGUGGAAAUUAAUUACGUGUCCCAUGAUGACACUGCCAAGUGGAAGCAUGUAAAUAUUAAAAACAAGAGGACCUAACAUAGAUCCUUGAGAGACACCACAUGUGAUGUGCUUGUAUCCAUACUUAGCAAGAAUAUUGUGUCUGAGUGAUAGGAAGUGAACCACUUGUGAACAGUACCAGCAGGUGUUUGAGUCUAUAUAAAUAAACAUUGAUUGAUUGAUUGAUAUUUCAAAGAAUGAGGUGAUUUACUGGAUCAAAGGCGGGACUAAGAUCCAGUAGAACCAAGACUGACACUUUUUGAGGAUCAACACCCAACCUGAGAUAAUUUACUAUCUUUGUAAGUGCUGACUCUACUGUGGUUCACCUUAUAUACAGACUGCAAAGUCUCUAAAAUAUUACAUUUAUUUAAACAUUAUAUCGCUGUUUAAACACCAGUUUUUCCUCAAAUUUGACCUUAAACUGACCUUGAUACUGUUCUAUAACAGCAGUUUAUAAUAGUCUCAUCAAAUUUAGUAAAAAAUGGGUGUCAUGUGAUGUAAAAGACAUGUGAUUCCAAUUAUUAGCAGUGAAGGAGGCCGAUGAAUUA